UUGGUCAUAAAUAUUAGAUAUUCUCCAAGGGAUCUGACUACAGACAUGUAAACAAUCCGAAACCGGACAGAACUUCUGGAAACUGUCGAAAAAAACCGAAGAUAUUGAAGCGUUUCGCAAACUCUAUAACCUCACCAUCGUCGACAGUACACCUCAAGAUGCUGCGUUCAUGCCCAGCUGGCCGCAAGCGCUGGUGCAGUACAUCUUGAUAAACCCACCGAUCAAUUGCUUCAGCACAUCGUCACAUGAGAUUAAUGGACAAGUCGUUUCCAGUUUCUCCAUCACGCCGUUCAAUAUCCUCCAACUACUCCUGUCGCCAUUCCUCUUCGUUGCGUGGGUGGUAGCUUUUGGGAUGACACAAGCAAGCUUCAAAACUGGAGGGUGGAUGUCUGUACUCGGCUGGGCCAUGUGGUUCGACCUCUCGCAAUUCUACACUGUCUUCGCGGCAAUCCCUCUCAUCUUCCAAUAUCCCGCCUCACUAGCAUUGGUCAUCCAGCGCUGGCACUCCGAUCUUGGACGGGUAGCAUACGAAGUCACGAAUCUCAAUGGGUGUACUCCUUACCAAGGCCUCGACUAUCUGCAACAGGGAGCACGGUUUAGUCAGUUCCGAAUCCUGCAGACGGUGACAUUUUCCAUUUCGACUCUCUUCGGCAUCAUGUCUCUUGGCAAUCCAUCGCAAAUGGCUCCUGCAAUGGCACUUCCGGCGUUGGCGGAGCUGAUAAUGACGGCAAUUGUUGCGACGAAGGGAACACCCAUGGUGGUGUCCGGGAACUGUCUGUUGGUGGAGUUAAAUCCGAAUAAGGGGUUCUUGGAUUCACCAAUUAGCACCAGAUGGAAAGCUUUUGCAUCUUUCAUGGGAUUUUAGGGGAUGUUAUGGUGUUGUUGGGGGUUGUGAGAUGCUUUAAUUAAAUUGUGAACAGUUUUUUUUGGCGAUGUAUUAUGAAAGCUCCUCGAUACAAUAGCAAACGCUGAUGGCUUGUAUUCUAUUGAUCUACAUUUUAUAUUAGAGGC